AUGCGUCUUGUAAUUAAGGAGAACUACGACUUCCUGUGCGACUAUGUUGCCAACUAUGUGAUUGACCGUAUUAACAAGUUCAACCCCACUCCUGAAAGACCUUUCGUUUUGGGUCUCCCCACCGGUUCUUCUCCCAUCGGUGUUUACAAGAGACUUGUGCAGGCUUACAAGGAUGGACGUAUCUCCUUCAAGAACGUGGUUACUUUCAACAUGGACGAGUACGUGAACCUGCCCGUGGACCACCCUGAGAGCUACCACUCCUUCAUGUACAAAAACCUUUUCCAGCACAUUGAUAUCAUUCCUCAGAAUAUCCAUAUUCUGAACGGAAACGCUCCCGAUCUGCUCGAGGAAUGUGCCAACUACGAAGCGGAGAUCAAGAAGUACGGAGGCAUCGAGCUGUUCCUCGGAGGCAUCGGCCCUGAUGGCAUUGCGUUCAACGAGCCUGGUUCCUCGCUGAGCUCGCGAACUCGCGUGAAGACGCUUGCUUACGAUACGGUGAUCGCGAACAGCCGUUUCUUCGAUUAUGACAUCAACAAAGUGCCGAAGACGGCGUUGACCGUGGGCGUGGGCACCAUUCUGGACGCUCGCGAAGUGGUCAUUAUCAUUAACGGAGCGCACAAGGCGUUCGCUCUGGCUAAGUGCGUCGAGGAGGGAGUGAACCACAUGUGGACCGUGUCGUGCCUGCAGAUGCACAAGAACGCGAUGAUCGUGUGCGAUGAGGAUGCCACGCUGGAGCUGCGUGUGAAGACGGUGAAGUACUUUAAGGGAUUGGAGGAGACGACGAAGGCGUUCAGCACGGAGAAGCUGGAGAACUAAUCGAGUGUCUGAAAGUGUCUGAAAGUAUCUGAAAGUGUCUGAAAGUGUCUGAAAGUUUCUGAAAGUUUCUGAAAGUUUCUGAAA